UCUCACUGCUUUUCUGGCUGGAAUAAAAGUAUCUAUCUUUAAUUUUAUCUCAAGAGAGAGAGAAGCCUAUUGUUCUAAUCAUGUAAGGUUCUUCUGGCAUUGCAUGUGCAGCACUUCAUUUUUCUUUUGUUUUUUCUCUUCUCUUUUAAACUAAGCAUCAUCACAUGACAUUGCCACUUUUUGUGUAUAUAUAUGUCUUUCACUUAUCAAUAGUUUUAAACCUUAAUGUCUUAAAGAAAACAAAUCAAUAGAAGUCACAAUGAGCAGAACUAGAACUGUACCUUGCAGCCGGUCCUGGUCAAUUAGCGAGGACUCGCUUAGAAGGUAUGUGCAGUUUGCGAGUGAAAGCUGCAUACAAGAGUUAUUAGCAGCUUCCGACACGAACAGAUCAGGAAACAAUGGCAACAAUGAUGGAUGGAAAGUGGUGACUCUUGACAAUGGCGUUGAGAUAUCGAAACGCAUGUCAGGUUCAUUUCACACUUUUCGUAGCCGUUGGGUGCUUAGAUCCGUCUCUCCUCAACAGUUCAUCACAGUGGCUAACGCCAUCGAUGCUGCAAAGCAAUGGGAUUCUGAUUUGGUGGAAGCAAAGUACAUAAAAGAAAUCGAAGAGAAUCUAAGCAUAAUUCGUCUUAGGUUUGGAGAUAACUCAAAGCCUCUCUUCAGGAAUAGAGAGUUCAUCGUCUAUGAGCGACGCGAAACAAUGGAAGACGGCACUGUGGUUGUAGCAGUAGCUUCACUGCCAAAGGAAAUAGCUGCAGGGUUACAUCCAAAGCAAAAUAAUGCAAUAAGAGGAUUAUUGCUACAAUCAGGUUGGGUAGUGGAGAAGCUUCAAGAUAAUUCAUGUGCUGUUACUUAUGUUGUUCAGUUAGAUCCUGCAGGGUGGUUGCCUAAGUGUUUUGUCAAUAGAUUUAACACUAAACUUGUUAUGAUCAUUGAAAACCUUAGAAAAUUAGCACAAGCAUGUCCAAGUGAAGCUGAAAAGUGAACACUUUGUAAAGUUGCAAAGGGCGAGGGAAUCAGUGUAAUCAAGCUUGCACAUUGAUAUCAUUUACUUAUAUAUUUAUAGAUAAUAAAUGGAUUAAUUGAGGGAAA